UCAUGCUGCUGCCAAGUCCAGAGUCUCUCAUGGGUCCCUGUACGGCCUCCCAUUGCUGCUGUCUCCAUCGCCACACUCUGCCAUGUGCCACUUUCAGGUCUCCUCACACUGCUGGUGUGUUCAAUUUUUUGGACAUAGGGUGCUGGCAGAUUACGGGCCUCCCAUAGACUGCUGCCAGGCCCCUAAUCUGCCACUGGGCCCCUAUACCGCCUCCUCAUGCUGCUGCCAGGUCCAGAGUCUCUCAUGGGUCCCUGUACGGCCUCCAUUGCUGCUGUCUCCAUCGCCACACUCUGCCAUGUGCCACUUUCAGGUCUCCUCACACACUGCUGGUGUGUUGAAUUUUUUG